CUAAGACAUCCAAAGCGGUUCAGAGCGUCGGACGAAACCUUGGAAGUUGUCUUUAUGAAUAUCGGGGCGCACCGACAAGUAAGCAUGUGAUUCCAAGCCUCGGACUACGCAACACCUCAAACAAGUUGUGGCAGUGCGUCCGCGCAUCAUCCCAGCAUAUCAACCCGUUGGCACGGUCGAACUACGACCCAGACAGAAUCACUCACCAUGUCCAACCACGAAGCUGAUCCUUUCGUGGGCCGCGACACGCCCAUACCGGUAGUCUCCAUCACCAGACCAGACGAUCCACCCAGUUCUGCGUCCGCCAUCCCAACACCCAGCGACAAGCAGACAGGAAAGCACCACCUCUCCGCCGGCAAGCUUCGAGGCAAACUUGAAUCACUCGGCCAUGGGUUCGAUAGACCAGAGUCGUCCAGUCGGGUCUCUGAUCGACUCUUCACCAUGCUCCUCCAACAAGUCCUCCCCUCUCAAGACUACGACUCAGAUCCACACACCCAAAGCCAACCCACCAAAGACCGGCGCUCCCGCCAAUACGUCGAAAGACCAGGUUUCUCCCUCCCUGUCAUGUCCUCCAACUUUCGCCGCUUCAACGCCCGCAUCGGUGUAGCAUUCAUUUUCCAAAACCGUCUCAUCCGCCUCUUCACCUGGCGGCAGCCCACGCAAACUCUCUCCUUCCUCUCUGUCUACACCUUCAUCUGCCUAGACCCCAACCUCCUCGUCGUCCUCCCCCUGGCCGCCUGUCUAUUCUUCAUCAUGGUCCCCGCAUUCCUAGCCCGCCACCCACCACCCCCAGCAUACCUACCCACAGAUCUCUACCCCCUCUCCGGCCCACCUCUCGCCGCCGCGCGAACAAUUAAGCCUGCGCCCGAACUGAGUAAAGAUUUUUUCAGGAAUAUGCGGGACUUGCAAAACUGCAUGGAAGACUUCUCGCGGGUGCACGACGCGCUUAUCGCAUUCAUCUCCCCAUUAACAAACUUCUCCAACGAUGCCCUAAGCUCUCUCCUCUUCGUCUUGCUUCUAUUCACCGGCACUUUGCUGUUCAUAACAAGCCAUCUGCUCCCCUGGCGCGCCAUCUUCCUCACCAUUGGCUGGAUCACCACAUGCGCGGGGCAUCCAUACAUCCAAGAUGUGCUCUCCACGCCCUCGACCUCAACACUCCUCUCGGAGAAAGAAUCAGAAUCUAGAUCUUUCCUUCUCGGCCUCUCAAAAGCCGACAUCGAGCUCGAAACGAGUCCCGAGAUUCGUGAAGUCGAGAUCUUCGAAUUGCAGCAUCGUGCACUACACGACGAACAUGGAGAAUACGAGAGCUAUCUAUUUUCCCCAAGCCCAUACGCUCCAUUAUCGCCUGCUAGAAUUGCGGGCGAUCGACCAAAGGGUACCGCUUUUUUUGAGGAUGUCCAGUCGCCAAGGGGGUGGCGUUGGAGCGAUAAAAAGUGGACAUUAGAUUUGUUGAGUCGGGAGUGGGUCGAGGAGAGGUGUGUGACGGGGGUUGAGGUGGAGAUGGAAGGGGAGAGAUGGGUUACGGAUUUGCACUAUGCCGAUGUUCAGGAUGAGAGUCCGAGGAAGUGGGGGAAGAGGAAGGAGGGUGAGGGGCAUAAGGUUUUCGUUAAUGUGACGAGUAGUAGACAAGGCGAGUGGAGACGUAGGAGGUGGGUGCGCGGUGUAGAAAGGGUGCCCAUGAUUAAUGAAGAGUAGGUCAAAGGAGUGUCAGGUCUUGGAUAUCUUCGAUGCGUUCAAGCCAUAUUAGUCGUCUGUCAUUGAAAUGGGCCAAAUGAACAACAUGGCC